AUGUAUCGCCGAGCACAGCGUCUCGGUGGUCGUGUGUGCGGGCGGCGAUGGAGCAGCGCUAAGCCCUCGUCUUCCAGCUCUAAGCAGACAACAGUGGGCGCGUCAACUCGCUCUUCAAUGCCCGGUACUGUGCGUGUGACCAAGGGUUACGGCGCUGAUAAACAUGAGGCGGAGCUGGACUCGACACUUGCGCGCAUCAUUGGUUCGGACUGGGGUGAUCGAUCGCACCAGCCUGUGUCCCUACCCAUGCGCAUCUACUGGGUCGUAUUCGUUGUAGUGCUGGGCAACGGUCUAUAUACGUAUUUCGCCGGCAAGGACGAGUCGUACCUGGUUGAGAAGCUUAAGAAGAAAGCGGAUGAGAAGCUAGGCGUUGAAGAGGAGGAGAACGAGUUCGAGCAGAUGGCAGAGGGGCAGCAGACGAGCUCUAUUGAGGUGGAGAAGGCUGAGCUGAAGCAGGUGGCGACGACUACUGCACCAGCGACUUCGAUGCUGAAUACGGGCAUUAUGUCGUCUCCUGGUAUGCCAUUCAUUGCACCGGGAAUGUCCCCGCAGGCGAGUGCACGUCGCCCCAAGUCGAAAACAGAAUUGGAACAACAACUUACACAGUUGCGAGAGCAGCAGAAACGACUGGAGAAACAGAUUCGUAGUGGGGGAGGAGUUGCCAAGGAGGAACUGGAGCACCAAGUGCGCAUGAUUGACAUUCAGAAAGAACAGAUCAAGCGCAUGAUCAAACGCUUGUAA